AUGAAGUCAGGUUUUCUACUGAUGGUUUUGCCCAUGUUCAUUGGGGUAUCGAGUCAACCCAACUACAUCUAUGAUGAGCCCUGGGUCAACAUGUUCCAGCAGGGAUUCAACUUCCAGUGCCCCCAUGGUGAGCUGCUAGUGGCGGUCCGGAGCUACUUCAGUGCCGCAGAGGGGUCUGACCGGCUGUGGGCCUUCGAGUGUCAACCAGCACCUUACGAUAUGGGUGAGCCCACGGAGUGCUGGUGGGAUGAUAUCAACCGUGCUGGCUUGGAAUGGUCUUCAACGUGCUCCAGAAACGGGUUAGUGGCUGGAGUUCAGAGUCAGUACUUCAGUGCGGUCCUGGACCGUGAGUGGCAGUUCUACUGCUGCCGUUAUGGUCGUCGCUGUCCCUAUUCUUGCUGGAAAACCACCGAAGUUCCCGAGUACUACAGAGAGGAGGGGGACAUGACUGUCCCAGGCUAUGGCUAUUUCAUCAGGGGGGCACAAACAACUUUCAGUGGUGUUCUCAGAGACCGGCAGUGGAAAUACAUUGUGUGCAGGAUGACAGAGUUUGACUGUGAAUUUGAGAACUUCUAG